GGGCGGGGGCGGGCAGCGGAGCCGCCGCGUCUGCGGGAGCCGCCGCCGCCGCCCCGCCGGCCGCGCCGGGCAGCGCCGGGGAGCGCAGCGGGGAGCGCGGGGGAGCAGCGGCACCGCCGAGCGCGGCGGCAGCGGGCGGGAGGAGCCGCCGGCACCGGCACAGCCGCGCCCCGGGCCUCGCCAGCGGCCGCCCCGCCUGGCCCCGGGGGCGGCGGGCCCGGCCCGGCCCGGCCAUGCUCGGCCUGGACGUGUGCGAGGCCGGCGGGCAGCUGCUGGAGCUGCUCUGGCUGGCGCUGUGCUACCGAGACAUCAUGGCUGACAAGGAGGGGGUGACGCUGUCGCUGGAGGAGGAGGAGGAGGAUGCCGACGUGGCCCUGGCGUACAAGACGCCGGGGAAGAAGAGCCUGCGGGAGAUCCAGGAGCUGGACCCAGGGGAUGAGAGCCUGCGGAAGUACAAGCAGGCGCUGCUGGGUGCCAUCCCUGCCGCCGUGGAUGCCAGCGUGCCCAACGUGCAGGUGACAAGGCUGACCCUGAUGUGUGAGCAGGCGCCAGGGCCCAUCACCAUGGACCUGACAGGAGACCUGGAGGGGCUGCGGGGCAGGGCCUUUGUGCUGAAGGAAGGGGUGGACUACAGGGUGAAGGUGUCCUUCAAGGUGAACAGGGAGAUCGUCUGCGGGCUGCGGUGCCUGCACCUCACCUACCGCCGGGGCCGGCCCGUGGAUCGCGACGUCUUCAUGGUGGGCAGCUACGCGCCGCGGGCCGAGGAGUACGAGGUGGUGACGCCGGCGGAGGAGGCGCCGCGGGGAUGGCUGGCACGGGGCUCCUACCGCGUCCGCUCCCUCGUCACCGACGACGACAAGACGGAGCACCUCUCCUGGGAGUGGGGGCUCUGCAUAAAGAAGGACUGGGAGGACUGACCCCCCCCUCCGCACCCCGGUUCUUCCCGCCAGCUCGGGGACGCGGUGCCGCCAUCCCGGGGGACCCCUCGCCGGCACCGCCGCGCUUGCCCCAGUCGCGUCAAGGGUUGAGGGGGGUCCCUUAGCGAGUGGGCGCCCGUGGUCGUGGUCUUCGCAACCAAAGUUAUUUUUAAUUGCUCUUUUUUUUUAAAUCUCAACGCCCGCCUGGUCCUCACGGCGUCCCCAUUGCUGGGGCCGGGGCUGUGACCCCGCCGUGGUGGUGCCGUGCCCGGUACCCGCCCGGUCGCAGGCUGUGCUCUUCCAUCGCCAUUAAACCCUACAGACUGGUCUCUUA